AUGGAUUGGAAGUUUCUCCAGGGUCUUCUUAGUGGAGUCAACAAGUACUCCACUGCCUUCGGCCGUAUCUGGUUAUCAGUCGUGUUCGUCUUCCGGGUGUUGGUCUUCGUGGUGGCUGCUGAGCGGGUCUGGAGCGACGACCAGGGACACUUCGACUGCAACACCCGCCAGCCGGGUUGCACCAACAUCUGCUACAACUACUUCUUCCCUAUCUCCCACAUCCGCCUCUAUGCUCUCCAGCUCAUCUUCGUCACCUGCCCGUCCUUCAUGGUGGUGCUGCACGUGGCCUACCGAGAAGAGCGGGAACGCAAGUACAAAGCCAAGCACGGCGAGAACACUCGACUUUACGACAACCCGGGCCAAAAGCACGGCGGUCUGUGGUGGACUUACCUCAUAAGCCUCUUCAUCAAGACCGCCUUUGAGGUCACGUUUCUCUACUUGCUCCACUACAUCUACGACAGCUUCAAACUGCCCAGGAAGGUCCAGUGUGAUGUCAGUCCCUGUCCGAAUAUGGUAGACUGCUACGUAUCCCGGCCCACCGAGAAGACCAUUUUCACCUACUUCAUGGUGGGGGCGUCCGUCGCGUGUGUGAUACUCAACCUCUGUGAGAUUUUCUAUCUGAUUGCUUUCCGGAUGGUGGCCCUCAGACACAGAGGCAGCGCUCGUACCUCAUCUAGAAAGGUCCGCCAUAACAUGGACUUUGAUGGCUGCAAGUCAUCUCUUCCAUCAUAGCUAAAAUAUCUGUUGUUAUUCCUGUAA